AUGCCGGUGGUUGAGAUCGGAACAGUGAUUUUGGCGGAGGUUUUAAGGAGGACGUUGAGUGGAAGACCUUUGCUUUCUUCCAUACGUUACUUCCGGAGAAUCACUUGGGCACCGAGUGAGAUUAAUGAGCCUAUUGAAGUUAAGAUUACAGAGUGGAAUACAGGAGGGCUUCUCACCAGGAUUGAGGUAAUGGAAAAUAUGAAAAACUUCACAAACUAG